CGCAUGCGUCAACCUUGGAGCGCUCCGUUCGGUAAAGGAGAGAUUUCUGCUGUGUUUACAGACGUAAAUGGAAGACACCGACUGACGAGGUGAAGCAACCAGGAAGUACUUGGCGCUCCUUCCACUGUCUGUUAUGAAACUCCUCGGAACCUCCCUGGGAAAAGAGGCCUGGAUUUUAUCCGUCACUGCUCUUAUUAUUGCUGCCGCUUUAGUUUAUUUUGACGAUAGUGCUCCAAGUGAAUAUACAAGCAUGGCUGAAGACAUGAAGACCUUGGAGGACAACUUCAGGCUCCAGAACAAAAGCUGCUUUAUUCUCGGUGCUUCUGGAACCGGCAGGCUGCUGCUCCAAGAGCUGCUGGAACGCAGCAUCUUCUCCAAGAUCACCCUCAUUGGACGCAGGCAGCUGACCUUUGAAGGCAAAGCGAAUGAUGACCUGUUACAGGAGGUGGUUGACUUUGAAAAGCUUGAUGAUUACGCUGAUGCCUUCAAAGGUCACGAUGUGGGCUACUGCUGUCUGGGCACAACCAGAGCAAAAGCCGGAGCUGAUGGAUUUGUCCGGGUUGAUCAUGACUAUGUUCUGAAAUCUGCUGAGCUGGCCAAGGCUGGAGGCUGCACUCACUUCCAUCUGGAGUCUUCUAGAGGAGCUGAUAAAAACAGCAACUUCCUCUACCUUAAAGUCAAGGGACAAGUGGAGGCAGAGAUUGAAUCACUAGGCUUUGAAAGAUUUGCCAUUUACAGACCGGGAGUUUUGUUGGUGGACAGACGGGAGAGUCGACCCGGCGAGUGGUUAGCCAGGAAGUUCUUCGGCGCCGUCUCAGCCGUGUGCUCUACUUCCAUGUCCAUCCCAAUCCAAAUGGUGGCUAAAGCAAUGGCGUCCAACGCUCUGCUGCAGCCUGAGCAGAAGACUGAGAUCCUGGAGAACAAAGACAUUAUCAGUUUGGGAAAAGUAAAGGGAAAUAAAUGAGCAUGAAAUUACUGGAGGUGAGAAAAGAAUGUGACUCUACUCUUUAAAGUGGCAGCUGAAUCCACGGCUGUACUGAACACAAAACUUCAACUUUUCCCGUUUUCUUGUCAGGUUAUUUUUGCAGAGAUGACCACACCCAUCCAUCCUCAUCCCUAAGAAAUGUUUCCACAUUACUUGAAAGCUAAUAUUCAUGUUCUCAUGGAUAAAUCCAAAACAUCUUAUAUAAAUAUAAUGAGUUCCUCAUCUUUAAGGAGCAUUUUUGUGUCAUUUUCAUCAGGGAUGCAUGUCAUUCGUUUGACUUUUUGGGUGUUUGACACACUAAGCCUGAAAGUGCAUACGAUAAAUUAUUUUAUAUAAUAUAUUGUGCACAGAAUUUAUAUAAUUGUUCAUUGAAUUGUAUUGAAUAUGUUUGUUUAAAUUAGGAAAUCAAUGCAUCUUCAUGUUCAUGAACACAUGGCUGCUCUGCCUGAUCACAAGUAAAAUAUUUAUUAGUUUUAGUCUCACCUAGCAGAUACAAAUGGUUAUUAAUUAAUUUAUCUACAUGUGUGAUUAUUCAUUUGUCAAGCUGAUGUAAAAAAUUAUUUUAGUCAAUAUGGAAAUAAAAUUUAGCUUCCAUGCCUCUCAAAGAAACAGUGUGUUUCACACUAUAACAGCAAUGACAGAGAUGAAUGUGAUUGUUUUUCCCACUCUUUUAUAAAAACAACCUCUUGAAAUCAUUCUGUAUUAGAUGUUCUUGUUAAGAGUGUGAUGUAGACUAAAUAUUAAUAAAAUCCUGUAAACCCCA